AUGAUGUCAGCUAAAAAGGUCUCACAAUAUGUAAUCAACAACUUGACUUCACAGUUGCGCGUCUCGGAUAUCUCCAAUCUCUACUACUCGUCAAUCACCCCCCCCAAUCCAGAAAAGAUGGUGCACAACAUCCGAACCAAGGACGAGUUCCAAGAUGCUCUAAAGAAGUAUCCCAUUGUCGUUGUUGACUUUUACUCCACGCAAAGCGCAGAGUCAAAGCACAUUGCUGCCACGUUCGCUCACGCCUACGAGUUGGACAAGUUCAGGGACUUCCGAUUCGUCAAGGUCGACAUCGACGACCUGAAGGGUUUAGCGGAGGAACUUGGUGUUUCGCAACCUGCGACUUUCCAUAUGUACAAGAAUGGUGAGAAGAUCAAUGAUCUGCAGAGUGAACACAAGGAGGAUCUGAUUCAAUUCUUGGAGACUGGCCUGUAA